AUGUCGUCGAUACAGAUUUUCCUGUUCAUCACAGCCGUGAUGAUUGCCAUUGCUGACUCGAAAAUCUACAAUAUCAAAGGAUGCAUCGUCAGAGUGAGUAAUCGUCAACUUUUCUUUCGUUUUCUUGUUGAAAGUUUGGCGAAUUCCGUUGCUUUAAAAAUCGUUUAGCGAAUAAUUACAGCGGAAGAGUUGAAAAUAGAAACUUCGAGACCUAAAAUUGAUUACAGUAGGAUUUUUUGUAUUUUUUGACAUAGAACUAUGACAUAAGACCUCGGAAAUUUUCAAUCUAUGACGUCAUAAUUUUACCGAAUUUUCAGGAUGACGUCAUUCAUGAAUGCGACGGAACCUUCACUCCAAUAACGGAAGAACACGAAGCGGCCUUGAAAGCGUAUAUGGAUGAUCUGGCAGCCUAUUAUAGAUUUAUUGUAAGUCAAAUUAAGACGUUUCAAGUAUAAAAAAAAGCUGGCGCUACGACUUUUUGAGUCAGCGACUUUUCGGGUCAACGAUACAAUAGAUCAUGUCGGCUCAUCGUUGUAUGCGUUGGGGAGGCUAGGAGAAGGCUUAGUUACUAGAAUUAAUAAGAUUUAUCGGGUCCUAGGAUAGCUUAUCACCUAUUUUGAGGUAUUUUACAUGUACUAACAUCAAUAAUACCUAGAUAAAAGUUACGGAUCUUCAUUUUUUGCCACAAAUUUUUGUCUUUUAUAUGUUACAAUAACUCAGGGUAAAGAAAACUAACCUUAGUAAUAGCUAAAAUUAGGAAAAGUGGACAUAUUGCAAGCCUUCGCCAAGUCUCCGCCGAGCCUUCGCCGAACGUUCGCCGACCAUCCAACGGCUUUUUCAGGCCUCAUAGGCACUUCUUGCAGCCUGUUUUGGGCAUCCACCUGUCCUAGGUCUCGUAUCGAUCGAUUUUGUGUUGACCCGAACUGUUGUCGACUCGAAAAAACGGGACGCGAAAAAGCUCUCCCCUAACGAUACAAUUCCUUAAAAAUUGAUUUUUUUCAGUAUCCAACCCAGCCCAAUGUUCGCCCCGCUCCUUAUCCAACUUAUCCGAAGUUGUGUAAGACCUGCGACGACCCGACCUUCUAA